AUGCCAUUGGGCCUUGGUUUGGGGCUGCUGCACGCGCAGGGCCUGGGCGCUGGGCCUGCUGGGCGUCUGGCUGGUCCUAGGCGCGGUCUAGUCAGCCCUAGACAGAGCAAAUUCCCGACCGCCCUCGCGAUUGAAGCUUUCAUGGCGGCGAGGUUGCUCCUACCUGAUCCUCACGCCGUUGGAUCUGAAUCCACCGUCGAGCUUUUUUCGAUUGAGCUCCUCGGCGGUGCACUGGCGGGUCCGGUCGGGAUGGCCAAGAGCUCAUCAUGUGUCAGCCCCUUCGGCUGGGUCGCCUCUGGCUUGAUGAAUUGGUGGCGGUGGUGGCCUGAACGAUUGAAAUUGGGAAAUAUUUGA